AUGGAUGAUGGGAAAAUUAUUUGCGCCAUCGACUUUGGUACUACGUACUCUGGAGUAGCGUAUGCCUACGUCGAGAAGGAUCAGGAUCCCUCUGAUGUUUCAAUCGAGCUUAUUGAAGACCACUGGCCGGGGAUGGGCAGCCAAAGCUCCCCGAAAGUGCCAUCGGUCUUCAAAUUUGACAAAACCGCCCCAGGGGGUUUCAAGUGGGGCUUUGAACUAGACAAUGACCCUGACAGGAUUUGCUACGCGAAACUUUAUCUUGAUCCUGAACAGAUACGUGCAGCCCAGACACUAGCUACAUUUUCAACGAAACUGGGGAAGCUUCCUCCGAAUCGCAAGGUUACAGAUGGAAUAACCAAAUUCCUCGAGUCUAUCCGUGCUCUAGCUAUAGAUCGAAUGGAGUCAGAAUGGGGCAAAGACUUCAUCCUCGACACGCCGAUGGAAACUAUUCUCACCGUUCCGGCCGUGUGGUCCGAUAAAGCAAAAUCGGAUACGCUGCAGUGUGCACAUCGAGCCCAUUUCGGCCCUCUGGACAAGAUCAGGAUGAUAACGGAGCCAGAGGCGGCUGCCGUCUACACAUUUCACCAGCUACCAGAUUCCUCUGUAAAAAAGGGCGACAUAUUCAUAACAUGUGAUGCCGGUGGAGGCACUGUCGAUCUCACCACCUACCGAGUCUUUGAGACGUCGCCACUUCUAAGGGUCGAUGAGGUAACUGUUGGUAGCGGCGGGCUUUGCGGAUCUGUCUAUCUGAACCGCAAAUUUGAGGCACUCGUGCAAACGAGGCUCGGAAAGGAGCUAGACAAGCUUUCCUGGUCAGAGUCACUGGAUGCUAUGGAUGAGAUGCAACAAGCUUUCAACGAAGACAUAAAAAUAAAUUUCGGUCUUGAUGGCUUCUCGGGGGCAGAAUAUAAAGUUCGCGUCCCAACUACCAUUGAACUUGAAGAUGAUUCAGACCUCGGAAUUGAGAGUGGUAACUUAAUACUGACAGUUGACGAGCUGAAAGGGGUGUUCGAUCCGGUGAUUGGCAUGGUUAUCGUGCUAAUAAACGACCAACUGGAUCGCGUCGAGGAAAGCCUCGGCAAUGUUAAAGUUUCUGCGCUUCUGCUUGUUGGCGGAUUUGGAAGCAGCGAGUAUCUCCGCCAAGAGAUCAAGAACCACUUCAAUGGGGAGGAUGAUAUUCCAGAGCUCAGGGUUAUUCAACCGGUGAACGCGUGGUCUGCCGUCACCCGGGGCGCCAUGCUGCGAGGAAUCCAGGGUGACAUUGUUGAAACACGCAUCAUCCGCCAUCAUUACGGUAUUGAUAUGAAGGAAGUCUGGAAUCCAGAUGUCCACGAAGCUCCAGACAAACGCCGGACUGCUGAGUCGAACAAGAUAUGGAAUGCUACAGAGCAGAAGCACUUUUGCCGUAAUGUCAUGCGGUGGUAUGUGAACAAGGGUGAUAAAUUCACCUCAAAGAAAGUCGUCAGUUUCGAUUUUUACCGGGCGCUCACCAACCUCGAAAACAUGAUAUUUUCAACCGAUUUGAUCAUUUACACCGGCUCGGGUGAACCUUCGUUCUUCGUCACACCUGACUGCAGGCGCGUUGCCACUCUUAAGUCAGACCUCUCUGGAAUCCCAGCCUCCGAGUUUGAACUAGUCGAUUCCGGACAUGGGAAUUGGUAUAAGGUCAGUUAUGACAUUGAAAUGAGCUUCGAGGCAACUUUGUCAUUUCGGCUUGUGUUCAAAGGCAAGGUCAUUGGGCAAUGCGAUGUAGACUAUGGAAGAUGA